UGGGAGUUUGCCUGUCCAUCUAAGAUAUUGGCCAAUCCUGUUGAGGUAGGCGGGGUUAGCUGGAUGGGCAGUCUUCCUGUGUUAUCGUUUACAGACAGUGACACAGCACUGGCUUCGACACCCGGCAGCUUCAAGUUACGUAUAAGUAUACUGUUUUACUUCAAAGUUUAUACGGUUUUUUUUGGUUUGUUUUUGUUUUUUUUUAAAUACUUUCUGAUAGUUCCGCCACCACAAGCUUUGUUUAACUUUUCUUUGCUACCGGUGAGCUAGCCAGCCGUAACUUUCUAGAAGGUUAGAGCCGCAUUGUCGUUUCCAAGAAAUCACUUUGUGUUAUCAUGGACCAGACUGACUCCUAUCCGGUGAAACUUUACAUUUACGACAUGUCCAAAGGCAUGGCCCGUCAGCUGAGUGUCCCCAUGCUGGGGAGACACAUUGACGGGAUAUGGCACACGGCUAUUGUUGUGCACGGGAAGGAGUACUUCUUCGGUGGAUCAAUAGGGAUCUCCAGCUGUGCACCUGGCGGCACCCCGUUGGGUGACCCUGAUUGUGUAGUUGAGAUGGGCUUCACUGAAGUGCCUGGAGAGAUUUUUAUGGAGUAUUUAACUUCACUGGCUGAUUCCACAUACAGAGGUGACAAGUACAACUUGUUUGAGCACAACUGCAACACUUUCAGCAACGAGGUGGCUCAAUUCCUGACAGGCAAAAAGAUCCCAUCGUACAUCACUGACCUUCCCUCUGACAUACUCUCCACGCCUUUUGGCCAGGUUCUCCGUCCCCUCUUGGAUUCCAUGGUCAUAAAUCCCGGAGGAAACAGCAUAACUGGACAACCAUAGAUGGAGUCAUCGCUAUUUCAAAACAAAAUACUUGAUAGCAUCCCUGCCUGAGGUUAACAAGUCGCUUUUCUAUUUAAUCAGCCAUCAAUUACUAUUAUUCACUUAUUCAGUAUAUUCUAUGUAUGUGAGGGUUGAAGUGUGCCAGCCACUGUGGCCAGGGGACUAAAAAUAGAUUUUAUACUUGGUUAAUAUACAUUAACAUGUUUAGAGAUUACUUUUUCUUGGGUCAGUAAGAUCGUUAUACAUGCAGAUCUUCUGGAUUUGUUUAAAGUUGUCAUUUUCAAGGCAGAAUUCAUCCUCUCAUGUGCUGCUACUCCUGAAAGGCUUUUUCAAAAGGCAUUGUCAUCCUCUCCUGUGGUGCUUCAUUAUGGCAGUCUGUCACAAAGUGUAUUACAAUGAGAAAUCAAAUGAUGUGUACAGAAGAAUCCGCCGAUCGUGCCGUCACCUUGUGCGCAUAACUAGCACAGGCCUCGUCUUCCAACCUUUUUGUCUUAAUGUCUCCUAAUGGAUGUCUUGAUUUCCUUCAUCCUCUCACCUUCUUAUAGUCAUUCAUACAGAUUAUGACAGUUUAACACAGUUUUCAUGAACAGUGGGCCUUAUAUGAGUUUUCUUUCUUCAGCAAUUAUUGUGAGAUGGAGAGAUGGCACUCAGAGAAUGCUAAAUUUAAAUCUCUGGGACAUUUUCUAUCAUUUUAAAUCUUCUUAAAACCUUAUUUUGGAGCCAAAUCAUGAAACCCUUUAAGCAUCUCUUUUUUUGCCCCAAGAUUUGACUGUUAUUUCAGUACAUGGAGUUUUUAUGUCCCAGUGACCUUUGAAAUGAAAGCUACUUUAGAAACUGCUUCAAAAUAACUACCCAAAUAAGUGCCUAGAGGCAGUUAAAGAAGACUGGCAGGACCAGGAUUGUGGUUUCUCUUCAUGUUCUGAGACUUUAUUUUUUUAAAAAUGUGCCUGUUUCAAAUGGGUGUUAAAAAUGGGAGUCUAAAGACUCUGAAUGUGUUGCUUUAGUAACAGUUUGCUAGAUGUGUAUCAACAUAUACACAGUGCAAAGAUGUAACUGAAGACUUUUAGUAUUUUUCACUAUAUUUUGGGAAGAUUCUGAAUCUGAAUUUGAGUCCAUCACCAAAAAUGAGUUACUUGUUCACAGUUUGGUAACGUUUUAGUGCACUGUUCUUGUGUUGGUGUUUGUACUUGUCGAGGCACUCUCCCUGGCUUUUUUAUUUUACUUGCCAUGCUGUACUCCCCAAGGGGCCAGGCUGGCUCAGUUAAAACUGUUGUCUUUUUAUGUGAGUUUAAAAAAAAUAGUUUGACCAAAUCUGAGGUUUCAUCUUUAGCAUGUAACCUCUAAGUUGUGUUUUACACCUGGAAACAUCUGAACACGGGGAAUUUUUUUUUUAAUUAUUUAUUUUUAAAUUCAGGACCAGUCAGCUUAUGCAGCUUUCAUUUUAGAGUUUGUUCAGACUGUUACAUAUCUGACAUGUUUUACGUCUGACAACAUGGAUUGCUAAAGAAUUUAUACAGUUUGUAUUUACAUAAUUAAAUCAUACAUAGAAAACUGUGCGUAGCAACCACUUACCUCCAUCGCUGUUCUAGCCAACAGUGUCUAAUCAUUGUUUUUGGACAUCCAUUAUUUUCUUAAUGUUGUUUAACCUGUUGCUUUUUUACCUACUUGAUCAUACAUAAAGGGGAAUGUGUAGCUCAUUAAUGCACGAGGCUUAGAAAGGCAAUCAUUUUGCUUAUAUUCAGGUAUAAAUAGGCCUUCAUUUUAUUCUUAUUGUGAAUCUAAAAUGAGUGAAUUAAAUCUGAACUUGUUGGAAAAGACAUUCACUAUAAUAAAAAAAAAAAGAUGUGCUUACGAGCAGAGGGGUCACAUGGCUUAUAUAAAUGUUUGUCUUUAAAAUGAUUAAUAUAAAUAUUUGUUAACCCUCUGAUGUCUAAACCAUCAUUGGUGGUAACCCUACCCUAAUCCUAUAUUUUGGAGAGAGGUAAAACUGGUUUGAUGUGUGCAAGGUAGAUUAUUUUCUUUCUUCCCUGAUUGCCAAGACUUUGGAGAAUAAUUUAAUAAAAACAAAAAUUCAGACUGUCCAGGGUUAGAAUUGGGGGCGAUCAGCGAUGAUGACUUAGACCUCAGAGGGCAAAAGUUCUAAAUUUGCACUUUAUUAAAUGUGUGACAUUUUCAAAUAUCUUCCAUUAAAAUUGUUAU